GCUUCUCGAUGCUCGAAAGCUGGCUCAUGGGGGAUAUUGGAUUAGUCCCUUUCGGUGCUCCAUGCAUUGAAAGUUGAAAUACUUGAAACAUACAUGUCGUGGUGCUCAUGACUCAAAAACCCUAGUGGAGAAAACAGAGGAAGAAAAUGGUUUCGCAGGAAGAAGAGAAGCUCACCAAACAGAUGAACAAAAACAGAGCAAAUAAACAGAGCAAAGUUGCUGCUGCAGAUAAAGCGGUCCAAUUCCAAAGAGAUGGGGUUCGUGUGAAAGCAAGAAGGGGUCAAGCAACUAAUAGUCACAGCCUUGCUGAAAGGGCAAGAAGAGAGAAAAUUAGUAUGAGUAUGAAACUUUUGCAGUCUCUUGUUCCUGGUUGUGAUCAGAUAACUGGCAAGGCUCGGAUAUUGGACGAGAUCAUCAAAUACGUCCAGUUACUGCAGAAUCAAGUCGAGUGCCUCACAGCUCAGCUUGCUUCGGUGGAUCUCAUGCUGUACUUCUGCGAGCUGAACCAAAGUGCAAAUCCAUCUGCUUCAGAGAGACUAUGUUGCUUGGAACCUCAAUUUUCGUCUGUGCUAGAGCCUAGCCCUACCCAGUUCGGGUCUCUGGUAGACGUUACACCGACUUCCGCUUCCAUAUUACUCACAGAGGAACAGAAAGCCAGCUUAAUCCAUCAGGCAAUCUGGGAAAAGAAAGAAAAUAGCGAGAUGGGAAACAGACUCGAUUAGUUUACUAUUUGUGGUUAAAAGCACAAACUUCGUGAAAUAUGUAGGAGCUGUAAAGUAACUGCGUUAAGUUUAACUUGGCAGUGUCCUCCGCCCAUUCUGGUAGAAAUCAAUGAGAGGAGUAUCACUAUCCUGCUGUAUUGCAUCGGAGAGAAUGUUGUCUUCCCUCGAAUUUCAUCGUAUAGUCUAUCACCUCGACUUUCUUCA